GCUUGAUGCGUCGGUUUGACAAUUCGUUUUUCACAUGCGUCACGUCGUAUACACCAGUAUUAUUUUGAAGUUGCACAUACACCGGUUUGCAAAUUCCCAUAAAACCUAAUAAAGUUAGUAAAUUCGACAGUUUCUACGUUUAACUACAACGAAUAUUGGGUUUCCGAAUGUUUCCAAUUUCAACUCGACUAACAGGAGCGGGGACAGAGCCGUGAGUAACAAAAGUAGAUGGAGAACAGUUCUUGUGAGAAAAUUGGUAUAAAGAUCUUUGUUUGGAAAAGGGUGACUCAAUAUGAAUGAGUAUGAUAGUGAAAGGCGUUUAGCGUACCUGUAUCCCCUUAUCGGUGCGUUAUCAUUUAUCUGCUGCAUAUCAACUGCUGUAGCAUGGCAUCAUUGGCAGUAUGUGCUAGACACUUGUGUUGAAACCAACUGCGGAUGCAUUCUAAAUGGGCUUUCAACACCAACGUUCUUCACCGGAGGCCACAUUGCGUACUGCCAUUGGGCAACCUAUGGACUGGUUUUACCCAUCAUCUUCUGUUUCAUCUUUGGCAUAUUUCACGUAUUUCGAGUAUGCUGUGGCAGACCAAGAGGACACACUUCUACCGCUACGGUCCGACAAAGAUCCGGCGAAGUGGUUGUUAUGACCACCAAGACCGAUGUUACGGACGAUGACGACAUCAGCCCAUACUACUGGAUCCCCGUGAGCGUAAUUGGUAGCGUUAUGGCGUUGUUCACGUUGGUCCACGCCGCUAUGUACCUGGAUGGAUUCCUGUACAGUUGCAAACAGUACCGCAAUGAGCUGAUCAAGUAUAUGCAAGCCAGUGGACCUUUGGUGGCUGCCAUCCAGGGAAGACUGUCCUGUGCCUCGGUAUUCGAUUUCAUGGACUACCUCCAUCAGGACGUUUCAUGGGACAGACGUCGUGAGGGACGAAUCAAUACGUCAGCCGCACUUAUAAUCGGUAUCAUUUGCUCGUGGACCUGUAUUGCUCUUUGGAUCUGGACCGUGGUAAUUGCAGCACAACGUGCUAGGGCUAGCCGUAGAGUUCGUGUUUGAAAGAACAGUUGCCAGAGCGAAAGACAACUUUUUCGCGAUCAUUUUUGCCAUUUUCUUGCAUUGAGUACAACACAACACGGAGCAAAUCAUAUCAAUGUCAUCUGAACAAUAUUACAUAGAUAAAUGUGUUCAUUUAUAAUUGGCCUUAAUAACUUGUCAGGGAAAUAUGUGCCUUUGCAAAUCCUUACCGCAUAUAAACGUAAAAAUCUACAUUCAUCGAUCAUCGAUUUCCAAUAAGCGCCCACAUCGAAGAUGGGGCUCGAUUGGCCAAACACAAGUUUUUUUUUAUUAAAAAAAAGUUUUUGCACGGAACAUUUUGAUCGAUAUUUUACCUGCGCUUUUACAAACCAUACCUGCAAUACAAUAAAAUUUUAUACAUUCCUUUAAA